CAUCGCCAUCAACGCCUGCUUGCGAACAGACGAGCAACUCGGUCCGAUCUACAGCAUGUCGGGGUCAGACAAGUACAAGUACAAGCCGGAGAUCCAGCAGAUGAUGUUUGUCUCCGGCGAGACCAACGAUCCGCCGACGGAGACGACGUCGCUUAUCGAGGACAUUGUCCGCUCGCAGGUCAUCGAGAUGCUGCUGCAAGCAACCGCCCAGGCGGCCCGGCGCGGGUCUCGCUCGAUUGCCGUCGAGGACCUCAUUUUCUUGAUCAGACACGACCGCGCAAAGGUCAAUCGGCUGAGAACAUAUCUGUCUUGGAAAGACGUGCGGAAGAACGCAAAGGAUCAAGAAGGCGGGGCAGUCGAAGGCACCGAACUACUCGAGGACGCCGCUGCGCCCGCGGUCGCGGCGCCAGACCAGCUCGGACCGAAGAUGAAGUACCGGAAAUCAAAAGUGAAGCUGCCGUGGGACCUCACAAACAUGUUUCCCGAGCCGGUGCCGGACGCGGAGGACGAGGACGGCAACGCGGGACCGGACGAGGAGGAGAUGGAGGCUAAUCUCGCGACGUUGCAGCGGCUGCAGUCUGCGGACGAGCGCACGCGCGCAGUGACAAAGGAGGAAUACGUGCAUUGGAGUGAGUGCCGGCAGGCGAGUUUCACGUUCAGAAAGGGAAAACGGUUUCGCGAAUGGGCUGGCAUCGGCGCGCUCACAGACUCGAAACCGAACGACGACAUCAUCGAUAUCCUGGGUUUCCUGACAUUCGAAAUCGUAGCGGUCCUGACAGAGGAAGCGAUCAAGGUUAAAGAAGCCGAGGAUGAGAUGGAGAUGCGACGAAGCAAGCGCACAAAGACGCGCAAGACCGAGCGGUUCCUGUUUGAUCCGCCGGAUGAGGACCAGCGACCUAUCCUGGCUAAGCAUGUAGCAGAGGCGUUCAGAAAUCUGCAGAUUGCAAAGCCGAGACAGUAUUCUUUGCGGAACUUUUCGGGGGGUCUGGUGCGGACUCGAACGGUCGUUAUAUAACGACUUGCAUUAUGAAUUUUGGCUGUUCAUUGGUGUUUUUGUUUUUCGACUCAUUUGGUUAAUUUUGGGUGUCUACAGUGUCCACAUUGGUAACGGACUACGCUUGGUGCCCACAACUUUUGUUUUUGGAGUUGGAUUCUGCGUUUGUGCGUAGUUGUAUAGUUUAGUUGUAUAGUCGAUG